AUGGCCUCUCCUGCUGCCUCGCAACAACCUUCUACAGAAACUUCGGAAGUGGAACAACAUCUACAAUUGACCCCACAUGCACUGCUCUGCAUCAACGCUGGGGAUGAUGUCCCCUCUCCACUGCUUCAGCUUUUGUCUUUUGAAAAAUUGAUAGACGAUGAAAAUGACAAUGCCCGGUAUAAGGUUGUUUUGUCUGAUGCCACACACAUGCAAUUGGCGAUCCUCCCACCUGAGUAUAGUGGUUUGCUGCUUUCAGAGACAUUAAAGAUUGGCACUAUCCUAUCAUUGACAGCCUAUGCUUGUAGAAAUGUUUGGAACUCAAGGACUAUAAUAAUAUUCAGCCUUGCUGUCAAAUUUACCAAUUCUCCAUUGCUUGGGAAACCUAGAUAUCUGUUUAAAGAGCAAGAACAACAAAUGUUGGGUCGAGACACACCUGCCACAACUAGACGAUCCCUUAAAUUUGGAAUUCACCUCCCACCUGUGCAGCACGAAUCUUCUGUUAAUAUCAGCUCGAUUAAAGCCUUGAACCCCUUCCAAAAUAAAUGGACAAUAAAGGGGCGUGUGACAAACAAGAGGAAGAUGCAUCAAUACAGUACACCAAAGUCCACUGGCCAAGUAUUUAGCUUUGACAUGAUAGAUAGUGAAGGUACUGAAAUUAGAAUAACUUGCUUUGGCGAUGUAGCAGAAAUGCAUUAUCAUAGGGUUGAACCAGGAACAUAUUAUACUGUGUCAAAAGGUUGCGUUAAAGAAGCUAACACUAAAUGGAAUAAGCUUAACAACCAUCUUGAGAUAACUUUGGACAACAAUUCAAUAUUGAAGCGUUGUGAUGAUGUUGUUGAAUGUGAAGCAAAUAAUUCUCAAUUCACACCAAUCAAUGAAAUUACAUACUGCACCAACAACACUUUAGUUGAUGUUAUUGGUAUUGUAGUUGCUGUUGGAGAACCCUCAUUAAUUCGCAAGAAGGAUGGAAGCGAAGUAACAAAGAGAAUUGUAAAAAUAAAUGAUGCCUCAACUUUUACUAUCGAUGUUAACUUAUGGGGAGAAACAUGGCAAGGGCUAGUCAGAAAUGCUCAUGUUGGUUAUUUCAAUGGAAAGGUGGUCAACACAACCACAGCAACAACCCUAAAUAUAAACCCUUCUAUACCUGAAAUAGAGACACUUAUGUCAAGAGGAAAGAUUUCAGAUGCCCUUUUACCGCUAUCAUGUGUUGCUGGCCAGCUUAACUCACAAUACAGUAGGAUGACAAUCACAGCUGUUUUAGAGCGUACAAGUGUUCUCUCUGAAACAGUUGAAAGUACUAUUAGGGCUGUUGUGAGAAUCAUUAAAACUGAUUCUUUUUGCUAUCCAGCCUGCCCUUUGAAAUUUAAUGGAAAAGAAUGUAAAAAGAAAUGCACCCAACAAAGUGAUAAUCAAUGGUUUUGUUCAAGAUGUCAAACUGCUGUGCCAGAAUGCAAUUACAAAUACUUAUUGCAGAUGAAGCUCCAAGAUCAUACAAGAGCUCUUUGGGCUACUGCCUUUGAUGAGGUUGGCACAAAUAUACUGCAAAUAUCUGCCAAGGAGCUUUACAUGCUGCAGUACGAUUUGACUACACAAAAAACCCCUCAGUCCAUUAUCAAGCAUGUCCUUUUGUCUUCCUUUGUUUUCACACUCUCUAUUACAACAGACAUGUACAAUUCAGAACCCAGGCUCAAAGCAAUGAUAACCAAAGUUGCCAAAAUUGAUUACCAGGCUGAAAGUGCUCUUCUGCUUGCAGAGAUUGCUCGGAUGACUACAACUGCAUAG